GAAAAGAAAAUAUUGACAACAGUUCGAUUUUUGACAGUGACCGUGUAAGAAUAAAAUAGUAAACGUGCAUAAAUUGUUUUUUUUUUCGAUUAAAACUAUCUUCCAUUUACUAAAUAAUAAUUUAUCGUUUUUAUUAUUUUCUUUUAAAGUUUUAAAACGAAUGUUUUAACCAAAAAUGGUGUUGAACGGGUACGAGAAUGGCAAUACAAAGCCAAAUGGUCAAAACUCGUCAGAUAUUAAACCAACAUAUGCCCUUGAACAUUUGGCAACGUUUAAAAUAAAAAAUGAAGCGGAAAUUAGAAGACCAAAAGAAAAAUUAAAAACACUUGUUGAAUUGGAUAAAACCGGUGGCGUUUGGCCCAUGAAAAUGUACAUGUGUUUUAGUGGACAAUGGUUGGUAAUGUUGGACAGUGACAUGAAAGAAAUUGAAAACUUUCCUGGGGCUCUCAUAACCGAACCUACAGCCUUCAUAAGUGAAGAUCCAAUGGAAAUCUACAAUAAUAUCUUGAUAUUUACCGUACCAGGUAUUACUCUAGGAACAGCAGAAAUGCACGUUUUUCAGGUAAGUGAUGUUUCGGCUGUUGAUAUGGUUGAGGAUUUAAGAACUCUUAGUAAGGGAAAAAUGGUGACAGUAGAUCGGAACAAAACACCUAUUAAAUUGCCAAAGGCGGACAAAUCAAUGCAACCAGUUAGAGAUCAAUAUGGCAUUGCUCAUGCAGCAGCCGAAGUGGCAGCAGAAAAAAAUGCUCAGGACCAGGAACAAAUAGCCAAGGAUAUUAAAGUUCUAAAUCAUUGUUUCGAGGACAUUGAACGUUUUGUUGUUCGUCUGCAAUACGCGGUGGAAGCGUUGCGUGAACUAGAACUUCGCAAAAACGAACACAACAGUCACGGAGAGGGUCUACUCAUAACACGCUCUCGCCCACCCACCGAAAAUGAAUUUACAGAUAUUUUGGCCAAACACAAAUUGGCCUUCAAUUAUGUCACCAAAUUGGAAAACCAUUUCCAGGACCCUUCUGAACCCAUACACAAUUCGUUUGUUUCGCUGCAAACAAUCGUUAAUGUAUGCAACGAUGUUUAUGUCGGUGCAAAAAUUGUCGAAAAUGUUGUCAAUCCAUUGUUGAGACGAGAAACAGUCACAUUCCUCAAUUCCCAUUUAAACGACAAUGAAUUGGAUUUUUUGAAAUCGCUUGGUCCAAAUUGGACUCAAUCCAAAGAUCAGUUUAAAAAUCACAAAGGUGCAUAUCACCCAACAUUUUACGAUGAGUGGUCACCCGAUUGGGUUGUAGACGAAGAAGUAGCAUACAUUCCAUCGUCCACAGGAUACACGCAAUCAACAAAUGGUUCAGCUUCUCCAGGACUUGGCUAUAAUGCCACAUGGUUGACACGUUUGCAGUCCAGAAAUGUCAAGAUUGCCGAAGUCAUUUAUAAUAAAGUUGCCAGCAAUGAUAAAGAAUUGAACGUCACCAAGGGUGAACAUCUCGAGAUAAUCGAUGAUUCACGCAACUGGUGGAAGGCACGUAAUGCGGCUGGAAAUAUUGGUUACGUACCGCACACUAUUUUGUCCCCGAUGAAUUUUGAUCAACACUCUACCUAUGCCGGCCGUGAUACCGAUUCAUUAAGUUCAUCUGUGUUGGAACAUGAUCAUCAACAGAACGGCAACAACCGUAAUACUUUAAGUACUUAUGUCCCACCAUCGGAACGUGAAACUCAAUCACAACAACCUAGUCCUGCCAGAACAUCGAUACCAAGAUCUUAUAGUAUGCCAAAUGUGCCGAUACCACCACCAAUGCCUCCACCAUCGGAUCCAAAUACUCCUAGUGGAACCUUAAAACGCAACAUGGCCGUCACAGGCACCAUGGCAGCCAUGCGUGCCCGCAACGAUUUCGAGACCGACGAUGAGGCUCUGAUGCUACAAAGCACAAUAAAUGAUGAACUGAAAUUUACUCUGAUGCAAAGAGAAAAACGCAAAGAUUUGGAAAUUCUUAAAACUCCACAAAUUUAUAUCAAUCAAAAUUCCAGUCCCAAAGAAGUCGAGGAAUGGUUGCGAGGAAAAGGUUUCUCUGAUGUUAUCAUUAAAAAAUUGCGUGGCCUUAAUGGUGCCGAAUUAUUUGCAUUAUCGCCCCAUGAUAUAGAGGGUUAUUUCGGACAAAAAGAAAGCCGCCGCCUAAUAUCACAAAUAGUAUUACAGAAAAAUAUCUGUGAGUACAAAACGAUUCGUUCAUCUGAACUAUCGGCAAAAUUGGCUAGAGCUAGACUAAAGGCUGACAAUAAAGAUUGCGAUCCAAACGAAGUAUUUUAAUUACUUUUUUACAGAUAUAAAUAUAUAUUUAUGAAGACAAUUGAAUAGUAAAUUACAUGCAAAUUUUGUAAAUUCAAAAUAAAGAAUAUCCUUGGUAACUGAUAACAUA